GCAUUGACAGACGUCAAUCCACAUCCGUUUGUCGGGAGAUGAGACUUAAAAUUAGGUAACAAGCUUCAAAUUUCUUUAGCAAAGACCUUUUAAAAUCUAGCCGACAAUUUUUUCCGUUUCUAGAAUGGAAGCGGUUAAGUGGAUGUGCAGCAAGCGUUUGAUCUCGUUACGCAGCGGGCGGGCACACGCGCCGCCGAACACUGAUUGGACACUGAUUGCUUCUGUUAUCGCGCUUCUGCAGCCUCCAACCCUCUACAAAACAUGUUAAACUCCGACAAAGUAUCGCUUAUCCUUUACAAACGUUUUAAGAACGAUAGAGACAGUAUGAUUUGGUAUACUGUGGUCCCUGUAACCGGAUGAGUUGCUGGCGGAGAUGGAUCGAGGUUGCGGCAUUGAGUGGGAGGCUACGGACGCGGCAUGGGCGCUGAGGAGCGAGGUCUCGUUGCCUUUGUGCUCGUCUACCUGACAUUCUUCUUAGAUAAUGUUCUGCUGACCGUGUUAGUGCCCAUCAUCCCGGACUGGGUGCAGGGCGGCGAGCUGGCGCGCUGGACGGCGCAGGACGCGCCGCCGCCGCUGGCCGCGCUGCUCAACCACACCGUGCGCCAUGCCAUUGCACAAGACAACGACACUCACGCGCAUACAUUAGGCAAGGCCCAGCUUGAGAGCGUCCGACGUGGAGGAAGCACGGCAGUGGUGGGCGUGGUGCUGGGCGCGAAGGCUGCCGCGCAGUUGGCGACGGCACCGUGGGCUGCUCGAGCGGCGUGUGGAGGAGCGGCACGGGCGCUCGGCGCGGGCACGGCGCUGCUGGCGGGCGCAGCUGGCGUGUUCGCGGCGUGCGGCGCGGGCGGCGGUGCGUGGUGCGCAGGUGCGGGGCGCGUGCUGCACGGCGCGGGGUCGGCGCUGACGGGCGUGGCGGGGCUGGCACUGGCUGCCGCCUGUGCACCGCAGCGGCUGCCGGCACUACUAGGCGCUGUGGCACUAGGCGUUUUGGUUGGCUACCCGACAGGCGGGCUACUCGACGCCGCUUGGAGUUUCCUCUUGCUGGCUGCUUUGCUUCUGGCUAACUUAGCUCUACAAUGUGUAUAUUUACGAAAAGAAGAAUUUAAUCGGGUUACCGGUGGUGGCGGCGCGUCGUCCAGCGCACGAGGGGCGGGCUACGCGGCGCCGGCCGCGGCGUGCGCGGGCUGCGUGCUGCUCACCACCUGCGUGAUGGCCGCCCUCGAGCCAACCCUGCCGCCCUGGAUCCGCGCGCGCUUCCAUCCGCAGCGAUGGCAGACGGGCAUCGUGUUCGUGCCCGACAGCGCGGGCUACCUGCUGGCGACGUCGUGCGCGGGACUGGCGGCGCGCGCGCUCGGCGCCGAGCGCGUGGCUCUGGCGGGACAGGCCGCCGUCGGCGUCGCCGCGCUCGCGCUCCCGCACGCGCCUACGGUUUGGUGGCUUGCGCUGCCGCACGCGGCGCUGGGUGGCGGGCUGGGCGCGGCCGACGCGGCUUUGGUGCCGGCGCUCCUGGCGCGGGCGCCGCGGCAGGUGCCGCACCUCGCAGCCCUGCUGCAGGCUGCUUCAAGCGCUGCUUAUGCUCUAGGCCCUGCACUAGGCGGGCUGCUGGCGUGGCGCUGCGGGUUCGCCACGGCCCUGCGCGUGCUCGGCGCCGCCAACCUGCUCUACGGCAUGUUUCUCUACACCCGGCUCAAGAAAGACCCACUCUCGACACAGUGGGGCGCCAGUACGCCUGAUGACGACGACUCCGAUGCGUGCGAGUCUGGAGUGGAGAGCACGCCGCUUCGUCCGCGCCAGUACACGCAGCUGCACUAGAAGCACUACUUCCGUUCGAGACAUUUACAACACUUUUUUACUAGGUACAGUCGACGUCAAAGAUAUUUUUACACUUUUGCACCUGACUCCUUUGUAAUAAGGAAAAAAAUGUAAACAUAUAACUUUGACGUCGACUGUACUACAGUGGCUCAUUGCGACUCUACAUAACACUCUGCUUGAGAAAUAAUAAUACCUAUACCUAACUCAUCUUACUAGGUACAUACAACGAUUGAGUCUAAUUGUCUAUAAAGGAUUUUGAAGUACAUACAUAAUAUCUGGCAGAAUUUAACACAGGAUUGCGCUAGUUUCUGUCCAUGCUCUAGUUUUAGUCCACUUGACGGAUUAGCAAAUACUUAAUAUAUGUAUUGAAUUUUUAAUUUGCUAUUUGACAAUUAAGGAUUGCAUUAAGUCUUAAUUUGUAUUUACAUUUCGUCAAGUGGACGAAAACUAGUGCAAUGACCCUAUUUUAAUUAUUUUUAUUGUGGAAAUUAUCUUUAAGCUUGUUAUACUAAGUAUAUCCAACUGUCUAACUACCUAAA